AUGCAGCAGGGUACAGUGGCAACAGGGAAUGAGAUGGAAGCAAUAAAUCUGCUGAAUUCUACUGAACUCGUGCGUUCCCUGGAUGAGGAGAUAAUAAUAGAAGGAAAUGGUUGCGAGUUAGUUGUAACCCCUAAAAAGCUUCCUGGGACAGAAUUCCAACCUGCCACAUGUGAUGGUGCUGCAUGUGUUGUCAUGCUAAUGUCAUACAGUGAUGCAGUAGAGAUAUGCAAUGGAUAUAUUUUCAGCAUCGAAGAUUCAUCCAUUUAUGGAUUUUCAGCAAACGGUUUGAAGGCAUUUAGGGAGAUUUUCUCGGCUGUAAAUUAUGUCAACACGCAAUACAAGCAAGAUGCUGAAUCACGGCAUGCUUUAAAACUUGUGGAUUCCACGAUUUUCUACAGGACUACUGCAGAAGAUGAAGUGGAAGCUGUAUUGGGUGUUUUGUAUGUGAAAAAUCCUGGACCCCUGGCAAAUUUGAAAACCAAAACACGAGGUUCCAGAGGUCCUACAGUUGAAGAACUCGAGCGGUAUAACUGGACAUCGACAGGAGAUUAUAUCAAAGGGUAUUUCAAAGGAUGUGUUGCCAAUGAUGAAAUAAAGCAUUUGGUUGAGUUUCUGAAAGGCGCAUCUGCAAAUUAUGAUGACUUGCAUUGGGAGCCAGGGCUAUGGGAGGCAGAUAUCAAGAUGCAGUUCAUCAGAGAAAUCUGGUGGCAUGUCGAACAACAGCGGGGUUCAGUGAAACUGAUAGAAUUGAGGGAAACAGAGAAGGGCAAGGUGUUGAACAGCAUACGACGUCCCCUCGGGAUCAUUGAAUGCAUUAGGAAGCUUGCAGAGCCAGAGAAAGCGGCUCGGAUUGUCGAGGCCACACUGCUAGACUCAGUUCGACAUUUGAGGGACAGUGUUGUUGCACACCAUGGUGGUAGCAUCAAUGCCUACCAGGGAGCAAAGGAGGAUGUGCGUGACAAAGUGAACCUUGAAAGACUGAUCCAGAAGGCAAAAGGUGACUAUAUGAUAAAGCUUGUUAGAGAAAUCAGGCCAUUGAAGUGGAUAACCGAGUCUCCGGUGUUGAGAGAUCAAAACAAUUACAUGGAGUGUUUCUACGAGAUGAAGCAAGCAGAAGAGAAAAAACAGAAACAACAAGAGCAGGGGAAGAAACACAAAGGAAAACCACGCUAACAAACUGCUGCAGUGGUUAGUGGUUAGAUGCUUUCUUCUUCACAUAGUCUGAAGUUAGCGACAUGAACCCAGUAAUGAGAGGGAGGACCAACUCACUCUUUUUGUGGGUGUUAUCUGGCGAUUGAUGUGCGGAUUGGUAGCCUGGUGGGACCGGUGGCGGUGCGGUGGUAGCAGGUUGCUGAUGAGGCCAUCUCCAAUGCUCUGCCGCUUGUGCGGACGCUAGAUUAUUAUUUUGGACCAAUCUAGCUGGCGGCCGGGCGCUAGGUACCGCUCGCGAGCGGCCGGCCCUGUCCGAGACGUCUAGUCACUGCCGCAUAUUAAAAAUGCCAGGUAGAGUUUGGGAGCGGCCGGUGGAAAAGGUAAGUACGUGGUCCGUUGUACACUAAAGGGAGUUGACCAUCUAGUUUGCUUUUUAAUUGUUGUUUCUUAAAGAAGCCAUAACUUUUGAACCAAAUAUCGAAAUUAAGAUCCGCUUUCAC